GUCCUGACUGCCAUAGACCCAGCACCCAGCAAGUCCCUUCUACUUCCCGAAGUGAUUUGAGCAGCUGCCCACCACCCCAGAGGAGCUGCCACGGAAAGCUAAACCAGGAACCAGGAAAUGCACAAGCCUCUUUAUGUUGGAAAACAGCUGUGCUCCCCRGGAGACCAUACGCCAUGGGAAACCAGCUCUGCUGCAGGGAAAGCUGGGAGCCAAGCAAGACGCACAUUGAAGAAGCAGCAACAACAGCUGCAGCAGAAUUGCACAAAGGACCAUGAAAUAAGAGGACACAUGUAUGAGCAGGUGUUACAGCAGCCUAAAUCUCAAAAGAGGAAUCAAGACCUCAAGUUGGAGGAGAGCAACUUACAUUAUGCAGACAUUCAAGUGAACAGUCUUACCCAACCACGCUCUGCCAGUGAAGUGAAACACUGGUAUUUAGAAAAUGCUACAGAGUAUGCUACCCUUUGCUUCCCCCAGGCCACACCUCGAUAUGACAGCAAGAAUGGUACUCUGGUGUGAGCCUUCGGAGCAAGAACAGUUUCCAUCUUUUUACCACUACUCCUGUGGGGAGAAUCCACUGCUUUGGGGAAUGAGUGGCCCAGGGAUGUUGGCCACAUUUUAAUCUUAAAGAGCUCCAGAGCCCUUUGGAAUUAUGGAUGUCUCCAGCCUCUCUCCUAGGCUUCUUAUUUGCCAUUGUUAGCUUGGAGUUAUGAUUAGGUUAGUUAUGGGUGAAAGAGUUCCACAAAAAAAAAAAAAAAAAAAAAUGGUUAAGUGGACUGUGCAGGAAGGUAGGCCCUUGACCCCUAACAUUGCUCUGGCUAGUGCGGAAAAAAAGCAGGCUCACGAUGAGCUGAUUAUGUUAAGUUUUAUUUAAUGGUAUCACUUUUAUACACCUUAAACUCCAAAGUUGAAGAGGGGGUGCUCUGGAAAACCAUUCUGAGCUUUUGCAUACAGCCUCCAGGGCUGGCUUGGGCACUUCCCUCAGUGGCGGCGGGAUCAAGGGUCCCACACCUAGGGAGAUAAAUGGGGGCGUGCGCUGAGGCACGGAAGAAGCUUUCUCCAACCACUGGCCACGGGAACUUCAAGUCACCAAACAGCGUGGAGAAACCCGGAAACUCUUCUUGGCUGAACUGGUAGCUAUUGCUCCGUGGAGCGGCUCAAUCAAUAAACAGCGUGAGGAACA